UCAACCCAUUGAUUUCCCUUUGGGGAAACAUUCUGCCUGGCUGUUUACCAACCCAUCCAUCCAUCCACUUUCUUAAUCCCUCAUAUACAACCCUUAAUCUAUCCAUCCAUCUGGCCAUGCCGGCCUCCCCUCCUCUCCUCCUCCUCCUUUCCUCCAAUCAUCUUCCACUUCUCUGCCUCCCUCCACGCUGUACCCUCUUAACAAACACACCCCCUCGCCUCCAUCUACCUGCCCAUCAUCACAACGCAGCCCUCCUGCUAAUUUUCUUUCUCCCUUUUUUCCCCUCGCCUGCCUCGACAUUUGGCAUUUUGCAAGGCGCCCGUGAGCAAAACCCCAGGGAUCUCCCCUCCAGAUUUUGACAGCCUCAUUCUGGAUCCCGGUGUGUCACAAACAGCCGCUGCCCGCCAUGGCGUUGCCAUCACCGCUACCAGGGGCCGGACUCCGGCGUGGCAGCAUGCCCUUGCCCAUCAAACACCAGUUGGUGAGAGCCUCAGCCGUGGAUGAACUGGAUUCUCCCCCGAGCUCCCCCGAGGUGGCCAGCAGCGGAGGCGCCAGCCCGGCGGUCGGCCGAGGCCCUUACAAAGUCAUGCUGCUGGGCGAGAACGGUGUGGGGAAGACCACGCUGGCGGCCAUCUUUGGUGGGCUGAAGGUGGGCACCCAUCACGAGGAGGAGCAUACAGAGGAUUCCUACGAGAGAAGAUUCUACGUAGACGAAGAGGAAGUCACCUUAAUAUUAUACGACAUCUGGGACCAGGGAGACCUUGGAGGUUGGAUGCAGGAAUCCUGCCUGCAAACUGGAGAUGCCUUCCUGGUGGUUUUCUCUGUGACUGAUCGCCGCAGCUUCCAGAGGGUUCCCCCCAUGCUCUUGCGCCUGCGAGCCGGAAGUCCUCGGACAGAUCCUCCCAUUAUUUUGGUGGGGAACAAAAGUGAUCUCGCUCGAUCCCGGGAGGUCUCACGGGAAGAGGGCCGGAGUCUGGCGGUCAUGAUGAACUGCAAGCACAUCGAGACCUCCGCGGCCCUACAUCACAACACCGAGGAGCUCUUCGAAGGGGUGGUGCGCCAGAUCCGGCUGCGCCACCACCGGCGCGAGGGGGGCGGCCAGAACCAGGAGGGGGCCGGGGGCCGCCGGGAGAGCCUUACGAAAAAGGCCAAGCGUUUCCUCUCCAGCCUCGUGCCCCGCAACGGACGUUUCUUCAAGCAGAGGUCGAAAUCUUGCAACGACCUUUCCGUGCUAUGAGCCUCAACGCCUGAGGAGUCGGGAAUAGAUCCAGUUUUCCCCCCUUUUCUAACCCAGAGAUCAGACUGGGGUCAGGAGGGAGGCAGUAAUAACCCAGGGAGAAGGCUCUCCUAGGCCACUCCGUUUGAGAGCAUCCCCUGAGAAGCUUGAUGGUCUUUGUUUUCCUGCUCUUUGGAUGCUGGAAGCGGCCAUUUGGGGAACCAAAAAAACAAAACAAAACAAUCCAGUUUGAUGGUUAGGACAUUCCUGAAUGGAAAGCUUUAUACACUCUGGAAGGAACGACUCGCUCUUCAAAGCUCAUUUGCCUCUCACUUGUUUUCUUUUGGCACCGUUGUGAGGUGUUUUAUUAUCGACGAUAAUUUUGAAUUUCACCUUUCUGAAGAUGCUUCUGAAGAGGCCAGGCAGGUACAAAAAUCUGCUCCUGCCAAGAGCCUCCGGACUUCAGUUGUCCCCUUGUGUUUCUUUUCUGUCAUACCCAGGUGCCCACCUUUUUCUUCAAGGGGAUUGUUUUCCCUCCCCAAGGCACAAAAGCUUGGAUAAUGUGUUUGUCUACUGUCCUUGUUAUGAACAAAUGGUCGACACUUUCGCACACAGCUUGUGUGUUGUGCUCUUUUCCUCCGUCAGAUGCUAGUUUGACCUCUACGUUCACAUGAAAGAACCUGAAGAGGAUCUAAAAUCUGUGGGCUAACAAGAACUUAUUCCCUCCCUCUCUGAGCACCUCAUCUUUAGGGGGAAUCGCCGCCCUGAACUGACCCUGGAAUGAGUCUCUCUACAGGAUCCAAGGGGAAAACAGGAAUGCUUUUGCACUGGCAUAAACACCUGCCCUCUUUAAAAAGCUGUUAACCUGCCCAUUGAGGGAAAGAAUUUAUUGUCUCAUACUUCUGCAUAAUGGAAGCUGUUACCUUUUCUAGUUUUAAGUACAUCACUUUUUAAAGAGCAUUUAGGGCACUGAUCUACAUGCCUGUUUUAAACAGCUGGGAAGCUAUUUCACUUGCCUAAUUAUGCUUCGUGUCAAUGCUAAUCUUUGUUCUUUUAAACCAGACUUCAGCAGAGGGGAAUUGCCCUUUUAGAUGCUGAAAACAUGCACACUUCUCCUUAAACAGAAUCAUCGGCUUAAAGGCACAGACCAGGAUAUGAAACAUUACCCUAUUUUUGUCUUAGAUUAUUUAUUCACAGGACGAGGGAUUGGUGGUUGUUGUUCCUAAUUUUUUCACACCUAGCACAUCAUGUUUUGAAAGCUUGCAAAGCCAUGGAAGAGCACACUUUUAAUUCAGAUGUAUUGUCUGGCUUCAGAAAUCUCCACCUGCCAGCAGUAAAUAACCUCCCCUUUAAGGGACCUCUUAAAGGCACGGAUGUUGAAGGCUCAGGACCUCCAUCUGCCUGCCACCCUUUCUGCUUUAAAGGCUGCGACUGCUGGUGGACCAGCACCUUUAAGGAUGAACCAGAUUCACCUCCUCUGCGUUGAAGACCUUAAAGGGGCAGGAUUCUUAAUUUUUUCCAAACAAUUGCCUUCAGAUUCCAAAUACGUCAGGGAUUUUGAGGACGUAGCCUUCUGGACUUGCCUUUCCCCAAACCCAGAAAAUCGGAGGCAAAGUCCGUAAAUCAUGCUGUGUGCUUCUUUUCAAUUAAAGCCAUUUUUCUA